UAGAGCUAGCCACAUAGACUCACUUACAUCGAGAGGAUUAAGUUUGCGUGUGUGCGAGAGAGAAAGGGAGAGAGAGAUUGCGAGAGAGAGUAACUAAUUAAGGAGAGAAAUGGAGGCUUUCCCAGUUGUUGACUUGAGCCAAAUUAAUGGUGAAAAGAGAGAAGCUACCAUGGAGAAGAUAAAUGAUGCUUGUGAGAAUUGGGGUUUCUUUGAGUUGGUGAACCAUGGGAUAUCUCAUGAGCUGAUGGAUACUGUGGAGAAGCUGACAAAGGAGCACUACAAAAAGUGCAUGGAGCAAAGGUUUAAGGAAAUGGUCGCAAGCAAAGGCCUUGAAGCUGUCCAGUCUGAAAUCCAUGACUUGGACUGGGAAAGCACCUUCUUCUUGCGCCACCUUCCUGUCUCUAACAUAUCCCAAAUCCCUGACCUUGAUGAAGAUUACAGGAAGGUCAUGAAAGAAUUUGCAGUGGAAUUAGAGAAACUAGCUGAGCAACUUCUGGACUUGCUGUGUGAGAAUCUUGGGUUGGAGAAGGGUUAUCUGAAGAAGGCUUUCUAUGGAUCGAAGGGACCAAACUUUGGGACAAAGGUCAGCAACUACCCUCCUUGCCCCAAACCAGACCUGAUCAAGGGCCUCCGGGCCCACACCGAUGCAGGUGGCAUCAUCCUACUCUUCCAAGAUGACAAGGUCAGCGGCCUCCAGCUCCUCAAGGAUGGUCAAUGGAUUGAUGUUCCUCCAAUGCACCACUCCAUUGUCAUCAACUUGGGUGACCAACUUGAGGUGAUCACUAAUGGGAAAUACAAGAGUGUGAUGCACCGUGUGAUAGCGCAGCCGGAUGGUACCAGAUUGUCCAUAGCCUCAUUCUACAACCCAGGUGAUGAUGCUUUUAUCUGCCCAGCACCAGCAUUGCUGGAAAAAGAAACUGAGAAAAUCUCAGCCUACCCCAAAUUUGUGUUUGAUGAUUACAUGAAGCUCUAUUCUGGCCUCAAAUUCCAAGCCAAGGAACCAAGAUUUGAAGCCAUGAAGGCCAUGGAAUCCACCGUUAAUUUGGACCCUGUUGCAACUGUCUGAGCUGUCCGAUGGAUGACAAUAAAAUAAUUAAAAUUGGGUGUGUGGUUUUGUGUGCUAGUAGUAGUUGGUGUUCUAAAUAAAGCUGUUGGGAGGAGAAGUUUGGGUUUUAUUUUAAAUUUUGUAUGUUUUAUUUCCUCCUUGCCUGGUGGAAUUCAUAGUUAUGAGCUUAGCUUGGGAGUUGGGAGUAGUAGUUCCCAUCCCAUGGUGUGGUGUUUAGUGUUUAUGAUGUGGAUGAAGUAUACUGUUAUAGAAAGUAACCAACCAUAUCUGAUCUGCAUAACUGUUUCUGUAAUUGAAAACAAUAUAUAAAUACAAAUGAUUAGAUGCCAAAAACUUGAGGGACCCA